AUGGUUGAACCAGAUAAAAAAGAUCUUAAUAAAACAGCUGAUCUUGAAGAUACAGUUCGAAAUCUUCGAGAAGAAAAUGCAAAACUUCUACAAUUACUUCGUUCUCAAGGACUUUUACUCGAUUCUUCAACAAAUCAAAAUGGAAAAUCUAAUGAUACAAUAUUUCCAAUAACAAAUCAACAAAAAGAUUCAACUAAUUUAACAUUUGAUCAUUCCGAUGUAACAUUAACAACAAAUUCAAUAAAUACAACAAAUCAAAUUAAUCAUCAACAUAUUAAUAAUCAUGGUUCAAUAAAUCAACAAACAUAUAAUGGACAAACAAUACAUGGUAAUCAAUCAAAUAUAACACCAAAUUUUAAUACAGUUAUACAAACAACAUCACAACCAUUUGUACAAAAUAGUUCAAAUACACUUGUACAAAAUAAUACAAAUUUAAUUCAACCAAUUAAUUUAGUCAAUUUUAAUAAUGUUAGUUUAGAUUCUAUACAAUCAUUUUUUGCAUCACAAAAUAAUGUUGUUUAUUUAUCUCAAACACCAUCAUCAUCAACAACAACAACAACAACAACUACAGCUGUACCAAAGUCUAUUAUAACAAAUACAAAUGUAAAUGAAUCAUUACCAUCAAAUAUACAUAGUAUUUUACCUUCAACAUCAUCAUCAUCAUCAAUUCAAGAAAAAUUAUCAUUAUUACAUCAACAUCAAGAAUUAGUACCGGUUAUACCGAAAAUAAAAGCUGAACAUUAUGAAAGUAUGACAAGACAAUUAUCAUCAACAACAAAUAAUGAUACAACAAAUUUAAUGGAUAGUGAUUCAAAUGAUGGAAAAUAUAAAUGUCCAAGACCUAUUCGUCCUAAACCAUCAUCAAGAACGAAUUCUUUACGAGCUUAUAAUUCUGGUGUUGUUAAUGGAAAAAAAUCCUCAUCAUCAACAACAAAAAAAGUUCAUACAUUGUCGUCAUCAUCGUUUGUUAAUAAUAAUAAUAAUAAGUCUUCAACAGUAUCAAUAUUUUCUUCUUCAACAUGUUUACCUUCAUCAUCAACAACAACAAAUUAUUUAUCACAAUCAUCAUCAUCAUCAGAUCAUCAAAUUGAUUUAUCAUCAAAAUUAAUUCAUUCAAAAUCUUUAGAUUUAUCAACAACAAGUCUUCCAAUAACAGGAAAUAAAAAAUCUAGUAAAACUCGUAUACCUAAUCGUAAUAAAAAAACAUCUGUAUCAUCAACGAUUCUAUCGUCAAAUAAUUCCACACUUGUAUCAAUAGCACCAAAUAAUAGUCGACCAUUAGCACCAGCAAUAGUAAAUGUUCAACGUUUAGUAACAUCAAAUAAUUCAAUAACAAAACGUUCAACAACAAAUAAAAAACAAUCAAAACGUAAUACAAAAACAUUUGUUCAUUCUCAUAGUGAAAAUAUUUUACAACAAAAUUCAUCAUCACCAAUUAAUUCAUUUGCAGAAUCUAUAUCUGGUUUAUUAGAAAAUUUUGAUCAAGAAUUAAUUGCAUCAAAUUUUUUAUCACAAACAACAACCAGUAAUUUAUUAACAGAUGAAAAUAAUUCAAUUGUUUCAUCAGAUCAUAUGGAUUUACAACAUAUUGUUAAUAAUAAUAAUAAUACUAUACAACAAGAAACUUAUCAAUCACUAACAACAACAGCAAUAUCAAUGCCAACACUUGAUGAAUUUAAUAAUCGACUUGAAAAUGAAACAAUAUUAACAAAUCAAACAAUAAAUGAUGUACAAAUAACACAUGAUUAUAAUGUUGAAAAUGAACAUAUAACAUCAUUUAUAAAUGAAGAAGAUAUGCGUUUUGUUGAAAUGAAUUUUGAUGAAAAUAUUUUUUUAAAACAAUUUGAUUUAGAUGAUCCAGGUAUUAAAUUAAAUGUGCAUUCAGAUCAAAAUAUUUUUGCUAAUAUUUUAACUAAUAAUAAUAAUCAUAAUAAUAAUGAUUUAUUACAACAACAAAAUCAAAUUAAUGAUCAAUCCAUAAUACAUCAAAAUCAAUCUCUUCCUCUUCCUCUUCCUGUUUAUUCAGGUUCAUCCUUAAUUAAUAAUAAUGUUUUUACAACUCUUGUUCCACUCGGUUCACAACAGCCAACAUUAAAAACAAAUGCAUUUAAUAAUAAUAGUAAUAGUACAAUAUAUUUAUUACCAGAAGAAGGUGUUCAAUUGACUGCUCGUCAUAUUGAACCAAGUCAAGUAGCAACAUAUGAAUCUGUACAAUAUCAAGAUAUACUCGAUGAUUUAGUUAUGGUUACAGAUCAAGAUGCAUUGCGACAUGCGCAGGCUACAGCCAUCGAUGAUCCAUCUGUUGUAUCAACAGAUUUUUCAUUUGUAUUACUUGAAGCCGCUAAUGAAAUAAUGAAAAAUACAAAUAUUCAAAUUGUUGAAGAAAAUCCAACAGCAUUUACUGAAUUACAAUAUCUUUAUCCUAUUGAACAAGAACAAACAAAUUUAGAAACACAAUUAGAAACUUAUCAAAAUAAACAACAAAAUGAAACUGAACAACAACAACAACAACAAUUACACCAACAACCAAUUGUUAUUCUUGAAAAAUUACAAUCUGAGAUAUUACAAUCAACAAAUCUAACAGAAAAUGUUCUUAAUGAUUCAAUUAAUGAUAUACUACAAUAUAAUCAAAUACAUUCACCUACUGAUCAUGAGCAAUCAACAAUAGAAUUAAUAACACCAAUAAAAAGUUUUUCAAAUGAUCGAUUAACAAAAUCGCCUUUAUCAUUAACACAUACAUAUAAUCAUGAACAAACAUCUUCAUAUUCUCCUAUAUCAGAUACAUUAGCAAUAUCAAUAAAAUCUCUUCAACAACAAACACAAUCAAUUGAACCACUGAUAAAAUCAUCUACUAUGUUUGAACUAAUAUCAUCACCAUCAAAUCCUUCAUCACCUAUUCAUAAAGAAAUUAUUCUUGAUUCAGGUCAUUUGAAUGAAUUAAACUAUGACAAGAUUGAUUCAUUAAAUAAUAAUCAUGAUAAUAAUGAUGAAAUUGAAGAACUACUACGUGAAACAACAAAUAAUAACAAUAAUAUUUCUCAAUAUGAAAUUAUUGAAAAUCAAGGACAAACAUCAAUAAAAAAUCCAAUUAUUAUUGAUAAUAUUGAUAAAUUAAUUGAACAAAUUGAACCUUCAUUAAUAAUAACAAAUACAAAACAAACAGAAUUAUUUGAACAAACAUUUCUACGUUAUCAAGAAAAAUAUUAUUUAAAUUUAAAACAUCAACAAUAUUUACAAUUAAAAAAUUUAACAAUUCCAAUUGUGAGAUUACAAUUUCCAAUACAAAAUGUUUUUAUCAAAGAACUCGAAGAACAAUCACCUGAACAACCUAUUGAACAAGAACAAAUUGAACGUCCACCAUUAAAAAUAACUAUACGAACAAAAUUACCAAAAAUAAAUUCACUUGAAGAUAAAGUUCAAAAUAACAAAAUUCAUAAAAUUAAAAAGAAAAAAUCUUAUCAUCAUCAAUAUAAAAAGAAAUCUAAUAAUAAUAAUGAUAAUGAUAACAAUAUUAAUAAAUUAGAAACUGAAUAUGCUGGUUUAACACGUUUUGAACAACCAUUAGCACAAUUAUAUCAUCAACCAUCACCACCAACAUCUGCUGAAACAGUAAUAUCUAAAACUGAAAUAUUAACAUCACCAUUAUCAACUUCACAACAAAAUGAUUUACAAACACCAACAACAAGUGUUCAUUCAGGUUUUAUGAUUAAUGAACAAACACCACCAUCAAGUAUAAUAUCAUCUAUUGAACAUAAACAAAGUCCACCACCAUUAUUAAUUAAUCAAACUAAAAAUGAAAAAUUAAACACAAAUUAUUCACAUUUACUUAAUUAUGAUAAUAAUAAUAAUAAUACCAAUGAUGAUGAUGAUGAUAAUGACGAUCAUCAUCAUCAAAAUAAUAAUACAUUUAUAACACCACCACCUGAAAUUGAUAUGAAUUUAAUGCAACAAAAAUCUAAUACAUAUGAAAAUUUUUGUCCAUUUUCAAAUAGUCCAAAUAAGAAAAAACAUCAUCAUCAUCAUAGAAAAUCAAGUGUAACAAGUAGUACAAGUAGUAAAUCAUUAAACAAUCUUGAUUAUGCUAUUGAUGCACAAGAACUUGAACCUGUUUCACCAACACCAUUAUCAACAACGAAACAAAAACAUUCACAUAAUCAAUCAUCAUCAUCAUCAUCUAAUUGUAAUAAUACAUCACCAUCUUAUUAUGAACAUCAACAACAAAAACAUGUUAAAGAUCAUCAUUCAAAAAAAUCAUCAAAUCGUUCAUCAAGAAUAACAUCAUCACAAAUUCAUCAACAAUCACGUUCAGUAGUAAAUCAUAAUUAUCGAACAUCACAAGAACCACCAUUAAUACCAUCUAUAUUACCGGUACCACCACCACCACCACCAAUACAUAUUGAUCCAUAUGCUCAAGCUUAUCAUCCUUUUGCACCACAUGUACCAGCACCACCACCAUCAGCAUUUUUUAAUUAUCCAUUUCCACAUCCAUUUCUUAAUCCACAUCCAUCAACAACAUCAGCUCAUUUUCAUCCUCAUUCUAUGAAAUAUCAUCAUCAUAUUCAUCCAGCUCAUGCAUAUCCACCACAAUAUCCUUAUCAUGCUCAUUUACAAAGGCAACAACAGUAUAAUAAUUCCAAUUAUAUGUUUUUUCAUAUUGUUUCACCUUUAACGGGUUCCAAAGCAACAAUUAUAACUACUGAUACAACUUCUUCACCUAAUCAUGCACCUGUACUUAUUCAAGCAGCUCAACGAAUAAAUCGUUCUUCACUCGGUCAAAAUUCAAAUCCACGUAAACGUGUUUAUCCGUUUACUCAAGAAUCAGAUGCAAAUGCUUAUUUAUCAACAUUAGCUGCUCAUCGUCAUCGUGAACGUUUAUCAAAAGGUUUAAGAUAUUUUUCAAAAAAAGUUUGUAAUAAAGUUCAAGCAAAAAAAAUUACAUCCUACAAUGAAGUUGCUACAGAACUUGUUGGUGAAUAUACAAUUGAAGAAAAACGUAAUUUACAAUUACCUGAAAAUGAAUUAGCUUAUGAACAAAAGAAUAUUCGACGACGAGUUUAUGAUGCAAUUAAUGUUCUUCUAGCCAUGAAUAUUAUUACAAAAGAUAAAAAAGAUAUACGUUGGGUUGGUUUUCCAGUUAAUGCACUUUUUGAAUGUGAACUUAUUGAUAAAAAAACAAUUGAAAUCAAAGAAACAAUUCGAGAAAAAGUUCAAUUAGUUGAAGAUGCUUUAUUAAAAUUAGUUGCACUACGUAAUUUAAUUCGUCGUAAUGAACAACGUCGAGACAUAAUGCGCUUCAAUAAUAUGUGUUCAUUGCCUUUUUAUGCAUUUGGUACAUCCAAUGGUGCAUCAAUUGAAAGUUCAUUUUCAAGAGAUGGUCGAGAUACAAUUCUAACAUUUGAUCGUCGAGUAAAAGUUGUUAAUGAAACUGAAUGUUUACAUAAACUUGGUUUAUCAAAAGAACUUCGUGGUGAUGUCAAAACUCAAUAUACUAUUGAACAAGCACGAGCACUUUUACCAGAAGCAUUUUGGGAUUUUGCUACUGAAAUGGCUAUGACUGGUACGUUAAAAACAUUAUUUGAAACUCGAACAUCAUCAAAUGUAAAAAGUCGAACAUCGACGGCAUCAACAACACCCGUUGUCUUUGUUCCACCAUCUUAUUUUAAAGUUGACGACGAACCACAAGAAGUCGAAUAUGAAGAAGAAGAAGUAUUCGAAGAAGAUGAUGAUGUUCUUUCUAUAUCAAGUGAUGAAGAUGAAAUUGCUCAAACAUCUUCACCUAUCUGUUAA